AUGUCUUCGUCAACGCCAACGCCGCUGCCAAUCAUCACCACCGCACCGCUGACCACCGCCGGUUCCCCACCGCCGCCGGCCACGGUCAUCGUCACCACCGCUGGUUCCCCCACGCCGCCGGCCCCGAUCACCUCCGCUGCGCCGACAACCGCCGUUUUCACGCCGGAAGAAGCCACCAGCAUCUUGCGGGAUCUCGUGACGGCCGUCCGGGGCAUCCAUCUGUACCUGGCCGGGCCGCCCGCACCUCCGCUGGCUGCGACUACCGCCGCCUACGGCCACCCCGCGCUGCCGUGGCCGUCCCAGGGCACGCCUGUAAUGGGCGGGCCACCGUUGCCGCCGUUCCAGGCGGGGCACCCCAGCAGGCCGCCUCCGCCGCUGCUGCACCUGCCCUGGUACUCGUGGCCCGCGCCGGUUCUCGCGGCGCCAUCCACGCCCGCCCCAGCGCCGCAGUGGCCGCACUGGCCCGCGCCGGACCAGCUCCCGCCGCCGCCGCCUAGCUCCGAACUAGGCCAAUCCACACUGGGAGGCCUCCUGAUCCAGCAGGUCCAGUUUCCGCCGUCACCGUCCCAGAUCCCGGCCUGGCUAACCGGGGCGUCCCCGCCGCCAGUUUACACGGAGGCCGGGGACCCACCGGUACCCACGCUGCAGUCUGGGGCCUCGUCCGGCUCCGCGGGGGCCUAUGACGGUCUCCCCACCGUUGACCGGGCGCCGUCAUCAUCACUGCUCUGCACCGCCGAGCCGGUCGGCCAUGGCGCGCCGACCCAGACGCCGCCACGGUUCGCCAAGAUCGACUUCGCCACUUAUGACGGCACGGAGGACCCACUUAACUGGCUCAACCAGUGUGAGCAGUUUUUCCGUGGACAGCGCACGCUCACGUCGGAGCACACUUGGCUGGCAUCCUACCACCUCCACGAUGCAGCCCAGACCUGGUACUACGCCCUCGAGCAGGACGAGGGAAGCAUGCCCCCUUGGGAGCGCUUCCGCGAGCUCUGCCUCCUUCGUUUUGGGCCCCGAUCUGCGGGAGCCGCCUGGCGGAGCUAG